AUGAAUCAAUGGUGUCACAAUGAAAAAGGCUUUUUAAAUAUAACAUCUUAUAAGAAUGCAUUUUGUCAACAAAGUAUUAAAAACUCUUUAGCUUUGAUGUCUGAACUUUUGAACAAAUACUUUCCAAGAGAAUUAUGGGAAUUACGUAAAGAUGGCAUAAAACCAUCAUCUAUUUAUCAAUCAAAUCUUACAUUAAUUGAUUAUUAUUGGUCCGAAUGGCGAAACAUUGAAGAACAACCAGUAUUUUAUGAAAUCUUGAUAAGAAAUUUAUUUUUAUUCUCAUUUAUUUGGGGUAUUGGUGGUGGAUUAGCCGGUGAUCCAAGAUUAAAAUCACGGUAAAAUAAUUUAGUUAUUCUAUCGUAUAUUUUUUUAGUAAAUCAUUCAAAUUCUGUUAACGUAUGCCACCUGUGUCGUAGAUGAGAUAUUCGUCUUUCAAAUAAACGAUGAGUGUAUUGCUCAGCAG